AAUGACCAUCCGUCACAACGUCGGUCAAAGAGGCACUAGAAAUUAAAUUACCUGUUACCUGAUGGAAAUUAUCGAUUGGUGAUCGAACAAUCGAUUAUGUAGUUCCAAAGAUUGUGAUUGGCUCUUGGGUCGAGCAAGAAAUGUGCAUGUUAUUUUCGCCCAUAACAUAACCUAAAAUUCGGUUGAAUUGAGACAAGCUCCGAAUACACCCGGCGAUGACAAUAAAUAAACUGAUUACAUAAAUCAAACGAUUUUUCAUUAUUCUAAAGAUUUCGAUAAAUAAUGUCCGAGAAUUACUCCCGUCUGGCUCUUCAUCAAUCGGCUUGCAACGAGAUAUAUUUCCAAAUUCAGGAGUGUGAGAAAACACAUCCAGUCGGCAAAUUCUUUGGAAAGUGCUCUGAUCUACACACAGCAUUGAACAAGUGCUUUAGAGCGAACAAGCUGAAGCUAGCAGCUGAAAACGCCGAAAAAUCCCAUCGUCGUCAGGAGCAGUUUAAAGAAAAGUUUAAAGCAGGUGGGACGCGCCCAGAAGAGUAAAAGAUAAAUAAAAAAUGGCCGAAAUAUCAGUUCAACGACGGAACGUUGCUAUCGAGAACGGCGACGAUGACGUUAUUCCCGAGGACGAUUCCUUCGAAUUUCCCGAGGACAACGACAUCUGCGACAUGCUCGACCAAGUCCCCUUGAACGUCCAGCUCCCCAGCGUAACAGACCGCUACUUCACUCCAUACUACAAAGUGGACGUUCAGAAAUCCCUCGACGAUAUUUGUAUCCAGAUGCACAGCAAUCGCAUCUGCAUGCUGACCCUGGCGCCGAGUCACCCAGUGCUCCAGAAGGGUCGAAAAAUAGAGGCCAUCAGCUUCAAAGUAACGGACAAACUGGACAGAACCACCAACAAAGUCUCGGGGAAGGGAAAACAUGGGGCCCAACCCCUCCAGGAGAGCUCCAACAUCUGUAUAAUAUCCUGUGAUGAUGGGGAGAAAUGGAAUAUCAAGUGCUGCUUGAUGGGAAAAUUAAUUGAAGUUAAUGAGGCACUCGUGGAGACUCCAGAGUUGAUCAGAGAGCCACCACACAGAGGCGGGUAUCUGGCGAUCGUUCUGCCGAAUAUCAAGACGUACGAAGAGAUGAAGAACAAAUUAUUGUCUGAGAGGGACUACCAGAACCUAAUGGAUCAACGGGAAAAAUCUAAGGUCGUUCCUGGAGACACGAUCAAUCAGAUUUCCCAGAAGAGGACGUUGGAGGAUGAGUCAAGUGAUUGUUCACGAGAGAAAAUUCAAAAAUGUGAACAAUUGUGCUGAUGUACAAAAUGUAGUAUUAAAUAUUUCUGAAAUAGAUUUUCUGUUAUCAAA